GGGAGACUGCACCUGGCUGCAAGCCCCAGCAGAAGUUCGAGAGUAGAGUCACCAGGGUGAGGGAGACCAGGCAUGGCGUGCGCCCCAGGACCAGACCCACUGGGGGACAGCAGUGGGGACGAGAGGCCCAAGUGGGACAACAAGCUCCAGUAUGUCCUGAGCUGUGUGGGGUUUGCCGUGGGCCUGGGCAACAUCUGGAGGUUCCCGUACCUGUGCCAGAGCCAUGGCGGAGGGGCCUUCCUCAUUCCCUACCUCAUCGCCCUGGCCUUCGAAGGAAUCCCGCUCUUCCACCUGGAGCUCGCCAUCGGCCAGCGUCUGCGCCAAGGCAGCGUCGGGGUGUGGACGACCAUCUCCCCCUACCUGGGUGGCGUUGGUCUGGGCUGCCUCACCUUGUCCUUCCUGAUCAGCCUCUACUACAACACCGUCCUGUCCUGGGUGUUGUGGUACUUCCUCAACUCCUUCCAACAGCCACUGCCCUGGGGAUCCUGCCCGCUGGACGUCAACCGGACAGGGUUCGUGAAGGAGUGUGAGGGCAGCAGCACUGUCAGCUACUUCUGGUACCGGCGGACGCUGAACAUCACAGCCGACAUCAACUACAGUGGUUCCGUCCAGUGGUGGCUGCUGGUCUGCUUGGCUGCCAGCUGGGCAAUCGUAUACCUGUGUGUCAUCAGGGGCAUCGAAUCCACGGGGAAGGCAAUUUAUUUCACAGCCUUGUUCCCCUACCUGGUCCUGACGAUCUUCCUUGUUAGAGGACUCACCCUGCCCGGGGCGGCCGAAGGGUUAACCUUCCUGUUCACUCCCAAUAUACAGACUCUCCAGAACCCCCGGGUGUGGCUGGAUGCGGCCACCCAGAUAUUCUUCUCUCUGUCUUUGGCCUCUGGAGGACACAUUGCGUUCGCAAGUUACAACCCAUCCAGGAACAACUGUGAGAAGGACGCAGUGAUCAUCGCCCUGGUCAACAGCACCACCUCCCUCUACGCCUCCAUUGUGGUCUUCUCCGUCCUGGGGUUCAAGGCGGCCAAUGACUACGGGCGCUGCUUGGACAGGAACAUCCUCAGCCUCACCAAUGAGUUUGACUUCCCCGACCAGAGCAUCUCCAGGGACAACUAUGCUGCUGUCCUCACACACCUGAACGCCACCCAGACCAACAUGGUGGCCAGGCUGCACCUGGAGUCCUGCCAUCUGCAAGACUUUCUGGAUAAGAGCGCCUCCGGCACGGGCCUGGCCUUCAUUGUCUUCACGGAGGCCAUCCUGCACAUGCCAGGGGCACCCGUGUGGGCGGUGCUCUUCUUCAUCACGCUGUUCACCCUGGGGCUGUCAUCCAUGUUCGGGAACAUGGAGGGUAUCAUCACGCCGAUCUUGGAUACAGGGGUCAUGCCAAGAUGGGUGCCCAAGGAGGCCAUUACAGGGGCCGUCUGCCUGGUCUGCUUCCUCUCGUCCUCCUGUUUCACGCUGCAGUCUGGGAACUACUGGCUCGAGAUUUUCGACAACUACGCUGCCUCCCUGAACCUAAUCAUGUUCGCCUUCAUGGAGGUGGUCGGUGUCAUCUACGUUUAUGGGAUGGAAAAGUUCUGUGACGACAUAGCAUGGAUGACGGGGAGGCAGCCUGGCUUCUACUGGCGGGCGACCUGGAAGGUCGUGAGUCCCCUCCUGCUGCUGACGAUCCUCACGGCUUACAUGGUCGUCAUGGUCCGGACAACGAUGAGCUAUCGGGCCUGGGACCCCCAAUAUAAGCAGUUCCCCUUGGGGCAGGAGAAGUCCUACCCGGGCUGGGUGCAGGCUGUCUGUGUGCUUCUGUCCCUGCUGCCUGCACUGUGGGUCCCGGCGGUUGCACUGGCCCAGUGGUUUGCCCGGCGCAGACGGAAGCAGAAGAGCAUGCAGCAGGACACAUGCCUGAAGUUGCAGGACAGCAUAGCCUGCUGAGGGUGGGGAGAGCCUAAGCUGUAUGUCCUUCGCCCACAGAUCACCCAACCCCAUUAUAUUCACCCCUGAACCCGAGACCUGUGGUUGUGGCUUCCAGACACUCUCCCGAACGCUGACCCUGCUCAGUGGUCAGACCAGCUUCGACAUCACAGUCCACGCUGUUCUCCAAACAGGAGAUGGCCCAGCACCUGGCUCCUGGGGCCCUGCAGUCCGGCGCUCUGCAAAGCAUGUCUGGGUGGCCAUAGGUUGUGCCUGGCAAAUCCAUGGGCAAAAGGGCAGGGAGGUCCCACUGCCAAGCAGGCCAGCAGAGGGGGCUCUAAGGUGGCCACAUCCACAGCCUGUGCAGCGGGGUCUCCCAGCACACAAGUUGUGGGAAUCGUAGGGCUGACCUCCAGUGAGAAGUGAACAGGCCCUGGGCCCACAGCAGCUCCUGCACCUAGAGCCCUUGGGUCAUGGCGGGGUCUGUCGUGACCGUGUAGAUGAAGGGGAACCGCGUAGGCAGCAGGAACACAGGCUUUUUUCAGGCGAGGUGGGCAGCCUCAUGUGGGGAAUUGCCAUAGGAGACCCAUGGGCAUCCCAAGACUCCAAAAUGGAAACGGGCCCUCAAGGGAGCAGUUAGCCUGGCCAGGGAGCUGGGCGCUGGCUGGUUUCUCCUGAGGUUGUAUCAGAAACAGUACCUUCCAUUCUUUUAAAACUCUCAGAGGA